AUGUCUGCAGAAUUCGCUGCAGCUGUGAAGAAAAGGAGCCGUGCCCAAGGAUGGCUCACCCGGGCAAUCAAGGGGCUGGAGAUGCCCAUUGAUGAAUAUAAGAGGGGUGAUCGAGGCAUAGAUGAGGCCAUCAUCCAGUCAGGUCUUAACGAACUUGAUCUGCGUUUGGCGUCGUAUCGAAAUGCUGUAGAAGCUGUGGAAAUGGAGAUCGAGGCCGAUGAUGAGAAGACGCUUAAAACCGAGUUCGAUGCCAGUAGCAAGAUGCUCAACAAGUCCAAUAUCAUACGUGUAGAGGCACUGAGAGCACUUGGUCGCUUACUCGCUGCUACAGAAGCAGCUCGUGUAACGGAACAGGAAGACAAAGAGGAGAGUGAAGAGGAAAGUACAGUCUCAAAGAAAGACGAUUUGUCCAAGUUAGUGAGAUUACCAAAAAUCGAAUUGCCUAAAUUUGCGGGUGACGUGAUGGAAUGGCAAUCCUUCUCCGAUGAAUUUGAGGCUCUCAUCCACUCUGCUGACCUGCCGCCAAUAAGUAAGUUUACUUAUUUAGAAUUCUAUCUAGAGGGGGAGGCCAAGGCAACCAUCGCUGGUCUCUCCGUGACUGCCGACCAUUACGAGGACGCUCGCCAACUGUUAGCUGAUCGCUAUGGCAGGAAAGCAAAGAUAACGUUUGCCCACAUUCAAGCUUUGCUGAAGAUGAGUACGCGUACCCACUCGGGGGGCAAGGUGUCCCAACUAUCCAAGUUAUAUGAUGAAGUUCAAGCCCAUGUUCGUAGUCUAGAUUCGCUUGACAUCACAGGAGAUCGGUACGGAGUAUUCCUGACGCCCGUGGUACUGUCCUGUCUGCCCAAGGACGUCCGUUUAGAAUGGGCCAGGGAAGGUGAGGGUCACGAGGAUGACCUAGAUUUUCUCCUUGUGUUUAUGAGAGGAGAAAUCCGUCGCCGGGAGAGUGCAGAGUCGUUUAGAGACCUGAAAACCGAGGAUAAACCGACGAUGGAUGUAGCAGCGUCGGCUCCCUCUGUGGGAGCUUUGUAUUCAAAUUCAUCUGGCAAAACGGGCCAGUGUGGAUUAUGCCGCAAGCCGCACGCAACCUCGAGAUGCUGGGACCUGACAAAGGCGUCGUAUGCAGAUCGGAAGGAACGAAUUAGGAAAAGCAAGCUCUGUUUCUGGUGCCUUGGGGCACACUUCGCGCGCUCCUGCACUGCAAAGUGUAACAAAUGCAGUGGGGGGCACCAUUCGCUCCUAUGUGACAAUUCAAGCAAAUCGAACAAGGAUAAGAAAUCUGAAAGGAACGGUCGCUCAGGUGGUAAUAACAAUAAUUCUGCGCCCGUGGACUACGUAGGAGGUACCGCCGCCACCUCACACAUCAUGCUGUCCACAAAUACCGCGAGUGAUAUGCGCACAGUGUUGCCUGUGGCUAAAGUGAAAGUGAAGUGUGGUGAUCAUGGGUUCACAGUUGCCACACUGUUGUUCGACAGCGGCUCAGACCGCAGUUAUGUGUCAUCUCGUCUAGUUAAGAAAACAAAGCCAGAAUGGGCAUGUGGUAUCCCUAUUCAGUUUGCCUCCUUUGGAGGGGGCACCUCCGGCAAUGGCAAAAUUCAUAAUAUGUAUGAGCUGGAGGUCUGCGGCCAAAGGGGCACUGAAAUCCAACGUAUUUCUGCUGUAGAAGUACCAGUAAUCUGUUCUCCCUUACAGAGGCCUCAGAUUCCCAGCCGAAUACUCAAUGAUUUCUCAGGUAUCGAGUUUGCCGACUCCUACACUGCGGGUCGGGAGGUCAUCUCUGUCGACAUUUUGAUCGGCAUAGAUCAGUACUGGGAUCUUAUGAGACCAGGUAGGAAGCGUCACAAGGAGGGUCCCAUGGCCCAAGAAACAUCCUUUGGUUGGGUGUUGUCAGGUUGUCUAAAGAAUCAGACUCAUGUUGAUUGUAACUCGUCUACUAACCUUGCCCAUCAGUUGCUCUGUAUAGAUACAUUUGCAGAUCAAACAUUGAGAAGCUUCUGGGAGCUGGAGUCUAUUGGAAUCAGCCAAGGGGAGAAGCCACCCCCAGAUCCGGUCAUCGAGAAAUUCGAAAAGACGAUACAGAUGAAGGAUGGUAGGUAUGAAGUAGCCCUCCCUUGGAGAAGCGAUUUCCGUCCUGGGAUGCUACUGGACGCAAGGGCCCAACGCGCCGCGUAG